AUGCCUUAUCAUGCCUUUCCGGUUCUUAAUCAACAAUUCCUAGUUGAUUCAAAAUAUGAAUUUAUUCGUGAAUUGGGACAAGGAGCUUAUGGUGUAGUCUGCGCGGCUAAAAACACAGAAACCGGCGAACAAGUUGCCAUUAAAAAAGUCACCAAAGUAUUUGAUAAAAAUAUUUUAUCAAAGCGUGCCUUAAGAGAAGUAAAACUAUUAAAACAUUUUAAUGGACAUGAAAAUAUAACUUCAAUUUUGGAUAUGGAUAUCACCAAUGUCCAUGAUUUCAAUGAAAUUUACCUUUUUCAAGAACUGAUGGAAGCAGAUCUUCAUCAGAUUAUAAGAUCUGAACAACCUUUAACGGAUGCACAUUUUCAAUAUUUCAUAUACCAAAUUUGUCGAGGAUUAAAAUAUAUUCAUUCCGCUAAUGUAUUACAUAGAGAUUUAAAGCCUGGUAAUUUACUUGUUAAUGCAGAUUGUGAAUUGAAGAUUUGCGAUUUCGGUUUGGCUCGAGGAUUUUCAGAUUCACCAGAUCACAACGCCGGCUUCAUGACCGAAUAUGUUGCAACUCGAUGGUACAGAGCUCCCGAGAUCAUGCUGAGUUUUCAAAACUACACCAAAGCAAUUGACAUGUGGUCGGUUGGAUGUAUUUUUGCUGAAAUGCUUGGUGGAAAACCUUUAUUCAAAGGCCGAGAUUACGUUGACCAACUUAAUCAAAUUCUGGGUAUUUUAGGAACGCCUGAUGAAGAAACACUUCGAAGGGUUGGAAGUGAUAGGGCUCAAGUAUAUAUUCGAAGCUUACCAAGAAUGCCAAAAAUCCCUUUUUCGCAAUUAUAUCCCAGAGCAAAUCCAUUAGCACUCGAUAUGUUGGAGAAAUUGCUCAAAUUUGAUCCGGCAGCAAGGAUAACACCGGAACAUCCAAGUAUGUUUGAUUUCUCAUUUGAAAGCGUUGAAUCAAUAGAGGACAUGAAAAGAAUGAUUGCACAAGAAGUUAUGUCAUUCAAAGCAUCCAAACAAGCAGAGAUGAAUUUAAAUGGUGCACAACUGGGACGUAAAGCUAGUUUAUCUGCUCCCGAUCGUGAUACAAUAACACAACAGCGCCAGCAAACUAACCGUAAUUCAUUGUAUGAAUACGGCGCAGCAAGUCAACAUGCUGUUAUACCUAAUGAUAAUAUGGAUGUUGAUCAACUGGAAAAGGAAUUAG